UUCCGCGAGUUGUCGAGUUUUAGUCGUGAACGGCCGUCCGUUGUGAACGAUACGGGACAUAUAUUUAUAUAUUUAUCGUUAUCGAUUCACAAAGUGUAUUUAUUAUUUUAAAAAAAAACUUGUGUGUAAAAAAAGAAAGUUUAUUUUCUAUCAAAAAUAUUGUCAAUUAAAAAAUCGUGAUCGAUUUUCAAUUGUAUUGAAAAUUUUACCGGUCUAAAAGUUUUUUUUAGUUAUUAAAAAAAAAAUUAGAAACGAUAUAAUCGUUUUAAUUUGACAAAAAUUUUUUGAAAGUGUGUUUCCCCGCGUGUGUGGGAAUCGAAAAAAAAACAGUGUACUAUAGUGGAGAUUCAAAAAAAAGUUUCUCAAUUUGCACUUUUUUUUUUGUAAAGGGUGAAUUUUUGAAAUAAGUUUUUUUAAGAAGAAGAUGCGUAAUCUUAUGGAGAGACAAAAUACAUCUUGGUUCGCGUUGUUUUUGACCGCUUUCUAUUCUGUUCUGGCUAGUGGCCGUGGUGAGGAGUGCGGACACGAGGAAUUAUCCAGAUGUGCCAAGCCACUUCAAGAAAUCACCCGCAACAGCGAACUGAGCUUUUUCAUCAAGAAACAAGAACUCGAUCAAGUUGUCUGCCCAAAAUUGGAGGACAGUGUUAAGUGCAUUAAUUUCUAUACAUUAAGGUGUAUGAAGGAGCAACAGAGAGAUCAAUUCAAUGCACUCUAUGCAAGCACAAAUAUGGCAAUUAGAGAGCUCUGUCAAGAUGGAAUUUAUCAAGAAGCUUUCCUGGAGCACGUUCCAUGUAUGCAAAAAGAGACAGUAAAGAGAGAAUAUAAUAAGUGCUCGGACGCUUACCAAAAUGGAUUAAAGGAAAUGGAAAAUUCAUCACUCACCGGACGUGGAGGUCCAACUUCUCUGAAAUCACUCUGCUGUUAUUUCCAAACAUAUUUGGAUUGUUCGCACAAUGUUGUACUGAGAGAAUGUGGUGCAGACACGGCGGAAUUUACAAAAGAUUUUUUGGAUCGAAUGUCAAAUUCAUUGAAAGAGUCACAUUGUAAAAGUUAUCCACUCUCGACAUGUCCAAGCAGUUCAAGUUCGUCCAUUAGCCUAUCCAGCCUGCUACUUCCAGUUCUUAUCAUAUUGAGCAGAUAUUUCACUUAAAUAAAUUGAAAUAAUUAUCGUGAACCGGAAGUGGAAAUUUUUUUUAAUACACAAAAUAAUGAUUAUUAAAAAAAAAAAAAAAUAUUCUUCCCCGCGUCGAUUCACGAAUAAAUAGGCGAAUAAAAUGAAAUGCCACCUCGAGAUAGAGAGAGAGAGAGAGAGAAAAAAAGUGUCGAAAAUUUUUUUUCGACGUUAAACAACUAUUAUUUGCAAAAAACGAAAAAAAAAAAAACUAUUCUCACUCGUCUGUGAUGCUUUCGAUUUUUGCACGAAAGGAAAUGAAAGUAUACACACAUAUAGGUAUAGUAUAGAAAAAGAGGAAGCAAAAUGAAGAGAAUCAAUUGAAAAAGAUGAAGAUAAAGAUUAUAAGAUUAUGUAUAAGAACAGAAAUAGAAAAAAAAAAAAAAAAAAAAAAAAGAUCUGAGAGGCGAGGUGAAUGCGAAAAUCCAGGAGAUUCGUUAAAACCGAAUCCAUCUAGCGAUUCUAAUUAACGGCGGAAGCUCCAACAAGUCCUUUUAGCAAAGUAUUCUCUAUAGGGUCGCAGACAUGGCUGUGACUAUCUAAGAGUGUUCCCAGAUAUAUAUAUAUAUAUUAAUUCCCGUUAAAUCUGUUUUUACUCUCGUCUCGGAAUUUUAAACAAAGCCACUCAUGACUAUUUUCUUUUUUAUUUUAGUAAAAAAAAAAAUUCUCGAGUAAAAAAUAAAAAAAAAAACUAACAAAAUUCUAAUAUUGGAAAUGGCAAAAAUUCUAAUAUUAAAAAUUCCAAAAAUUAAAUUAAUUAUUAAUUAAAUUAAUUUCAAUAAUUAGAAAAAAAAAUUAUUUUUUCUCAAUGAAAACAAAAUUGUAAAUUUCAAAAAAAUCACAACAAAUAUAUUCAUUGAGUUCCGUCCGCGAGGCGAAAAAUGGGAA